AUGUCCGAUUCUUCAAAGCAGGAGCUGGCACAGAGCUCUGCGCCAGUGGGUCUUGACAGUACCAUCCAGUGCCCCCAAUGCGAGCAAUCAUUUGAUAGCUAUAGCGGGCUUCUACGACAUCAGCUCAACGAGCAUAUAACCUCCACCCCACUAUCACAGCCCAGAAGGUAUGAUUCAGAAAGCGCAGGUGCUCCUGAGCCGGUUGCAUCUAUAUCGUCUCUUGUCUCUCGUUGCUUUCGAGAUUUCCAGAUCCUUAUAGAUGCACUAUCAACCCACGAUGACCACUCUAGAUCUCGGUCAAGAAUCCAGGAGGAGCUCGGUCGACUCAGGGUCUGGGCCGGAAACUUUGGCGCCUAUCGCAAACAAUCUGACCGAUUGUCUUUGGAUCAUCGGCUCAGGGAAGCCCCUGAGCUACAUCAUGGUGUCAGAAAUCAUCUCAAUGACCUCUCAGAAACGAUAGAAGAAGCAAAUGCUGCCCUCUCAACAAGUGGCAAAACCAGCGGCGAUGAGAAUGCUUUGGACUUGGACGGUUCAGAUCCCGACACAUCAGACUCUGAUGGGUUCUGGGAACAGAUCAGAGCGGAGAACCCGAAUCAAUCGCCCUUUGAGGAGUAUACUAAGGAUGUUUGUCAUACUGUGACAAGCCUAUACAAGCUGUCUGUAUCCCUCCAGAACCCUGCACGUCGUGAUCGGACCGUGCAGGCCUCUCGUAUCGACCUCCAUCACUUCGAAUUCUAUGACAUACAACAUACAUCGGAUCUAUUCAACCUAGCACCGGAUACCGAACUUGCGCAGCGUCUAGGAAAGGCGAACACUAAACGAAGGCAACUGCUCGCUUACUACAAAGACCACUCUGAGAGAAUUUCCAAAUAUGUCGAUGUUGCUCUGAACAAGGCCGUUUCGGCCCCUGCAGAUCCAGGGAAGUCUGAAACACAAAGUGCAUACCAACAAAGACCCCCCACGAUAUCCACCAAAUGGACACAGGACACGACGGCGUCGACAAUCCAUCAGGAUAUUGAAAUUGCAUCGGAUUCAGGGAGAACAAGAUUUUCUGCUACAACUUCGACCGCGGGCGAUCAGGAACGAGAUUCGAUCCCUCCACCUCCGGGUGGAUCGAGUUCCACAAAGAGGGACCAUUUCAUUUGUCCAUAUUGUCGCCAAACCAUACAGCUCGAGAAGUAUGAGGAUUGGAUUUACCACACGCACAGUGACUUGCGCCCCUACAUCUGCACUUUUGGAGGUUGUUUCAGAGCAGAUCAGCUGUACGAUAGCUUCACGGAAUGGAGCGCUCAUGAACGGCAGUUUCAUCGCAGAGAAUUCUUUUGCAGUCUUUGCACAUACACUUUUGGAGAAGCGUCUUCCCUCGCUAGCCACCUGCAGAACUGCCAUCCGGACCUGUCUGAAGACCAGCAGCAAGAAAUGGCGAAGCAGUCAACCCCUACUACUUCGGCGCAAAAAUGUCCCCUAUGCAUCAAGUCUCCAAUAUCGAAUCCGAGUCGCUUUCAACAACAUCUAGCCCGACAUCUACGACGAUUGGCGAGAUUUGUCCUUCCUCGAACACAAUCAGAUGACGAGAAUUCGGAAGCUCGUGAUGAAGAGUCAGGCGAGUCGCGACAAGCUUUGAUCAUGGAUGACGAACGCAAAGAAACACUUGAAUCAGUGUCUGCGAACAGUAGGGCUUCUGUCGCUGAAGGCUCGACAUCUAGCCUCCACUCUCCUACGAAUGAUCGUCUAUUGGAUGCUAUCCCAGAGGUAACAAAGGAUGCGUCGGAAGACGCAGCAAAGCAAACAGAGGGUGUCGCAACGACGGAACCGAUAAAUCAGAGCCCAGAAGAGUUACGGAAAUUGGAAAUCGAGGCAACUGCCGCACUGGCAGACCGUCAAGAGACCCUAGGUCCGGAACACCCCGACACUAUUCUCUGCAUGGAUCAGGUCGCCAAUAUAUAUUGGCAACAGUGGCGAUAUCGCGAUGUAGAAAUAUUUCUGGACCCAGUGGUGGAGAUGAAGAAAAGAUUGCUGGGCCCAGAACAUGAUUCCACUCUGGGUAGCAUGGAGCUCAAGGCAAGAGCGCUUUACGAGCAGAGACGAUACACACAGGCCGAAGAGAUACAGGCGUUCAUCCUUCAAGUCAGAGAGAAAACUUUGGGCCCGGAGCAUCGUCUAACCCUGGACCUGAUGCAUCACAUGGCCUUCACCCGUCAACAAAUGGGAAAGCUUGACGAAUCAGAAAGUCUCAGAAUACGGGUUAUGGAAACCAGAAAAAGGGUUCUAGGAGAAGACGAUCCGGACACAUUGUGGAGCAUUUACAGUGUGGGCAACAACCAUCUUUUCAAAGGCAAUUACGAAGAGGGCGAAAAGUUGCUGCUACAGGUCGUGAAUGCCUCUGAGAAAUACGGGCCUGCCCCGAGGCUAUGGGCUAUAUACGCUGCAGGCGCCCUCUCUGGGGGCUAUCGACGGCUAGGCGAGCUAGAAAAAUCCGAGAAAUACCUGACUAUAGCACUCGACGGUAUAAAGGUCAGGGGAAUUCCAGACGACCAGCCUAUCAGGCUGUGGACGCUGGGUGAUCUUGCCGACUUGUACUUUUUCCAGUCGAGGCUUGGCGAGGCAGAAGAUAUUUACAAAGAUGUACUGGAGCGCACCGGGAGAGUUUUUGGAUUGCUGAAUGGCGAGCGGCUCUACUACAAGUACCAGCUAGCCCGGGUUCUCUGGGAGCAAAGUAGAUUUCUUGAAGCCAUGGAGAUGAUGGAGGAGUGUGUGCGAGAGAUGUUGGAGACCAUGGGCCCGGAUAAUCAACGCACUCUCAGGGCCGUUGAAGCAUUAAAAGGGUGGCGGAUGACAGAAGAAGGUACAGUUACUGGGAAAACUUAA